AUGUCAGCCUCAAAUACUCCGAAUCGUCCUCGUCAAUUACAAAAGUUGAGUCGUGGCUAUGAAUCCAGUGAAGGUGGUUCACCAAGUCCAGGACGUUUUCGUUCAAAACGAAAUUGUCACCAACAAGACAGUUCUCCAAGAGCGGCCUGUCAAGAGAAGCCAGUAUAUUCUAACAAUUCAUAUAAGUAUCGACGAAAUAGAAAUGCAUCAUAUAAAAAUUAUGAUCAAGGAUAUUCAGUUUCGCCAUCUAGUUAUUCCGACGAUAACGCUUGUGAUCAGUUUAAUGACGAAAACGAAGAACAGAAUUCGUCCAAACCGUCAUCUCAACAUGGUACUCCGCUGCGUCAGUCAUCGCGUUUAAACCCUAAAAAAUCUGAUAAUCAAAACAUUUCAUCACCACGAAUUAGUUAUGAAGAAGAAAAAAUUCAAUUAGCCAAAUCAUUAUCACAUAACUGGUGUGAUAAAAUUGAUCUUGAAGAAGAAGAAACAAAAAAGUUAUACAGUUUUGUGCUGUACUUGAAAAACUUCGAUUUGUACAAAGAUAAAACAAAUGAAGAAAUUUUAGCAAUUAUUGAAUGUUCCCCAAAAGAAUUAUGUCGACGACAAAAAGACAUUAGUAAAGGAAAAUUAACAAAAUCGUAUGAAAUAUAUGCAAAAUCAAUUCUAAGAAAAAAUCGUGAAACCGAUCAUCCCAAAACACCGUGUAAAUAUAAAAAAUGUAGUCGAAGAGCAUUUGAUGGUAUGAUUAAAAUUUGGAGACGUCGAUUACAUAUGUUUGAUAACAAUGAUGAAAAUAACGAAGAUAGAAAACCGAAAUUAGAUGACACUCAAACAGAUAGUUUAGUAUCAUCUGGAAAUACGCCAGUCAGUUCGCAGCACAGUGAUGGUUGGUCAACCCAAUCAUCAUCGUCUGUCAGUACAACGGAUGAUAUAUUAGGCAAUGACGAUAAUUUUCUACCUGAUUUGUAUGAUUUUGAAGAAUCACUGAUGCCCGGUAAUGAAACACCAGCAGUCAUACCAUCAUCGAUAAAUGAAGAAAAAGAUGGAGAAGAUUUAGUAUUUGGUCCCGUUGUUGAUUUAGAGACGGAUUCAAUGGAUACAUUGAUCAAUACGGAUUCACGUUCUACAAUGGUUACUGACUAA